AUGCUAACACAACAGGCGCUCGAUCUCAGACGUCUUCAGAAUCCAGGUUGUGUCGAACCCGGACGUGCGAUCGCCCAUCAUCACGCUCGGAUCAACGUCGUUCUUCCAUGUCCGCAUCAACAACAUCUUCAUCGUGGCUGUGACGAAUCGCGAGCUGACGCCGCAGAGAUUCUCGACUUUGGUUACCCUCAGAAUUCUGAGAUUGACACGCUAAAGAUGUACAUCACUACGGAGGGUGUCAAGUCGGAGAUGGCAGUGCGGGAGGACUCUUCCCGUAUCACGAUCCAGGCGACUGGCGCGACGUCGUGGCGCCGCGCGGACGUCAAGUACCGGAAGAACGAGGCGUUCGUGGACGUGAUCGAGACGGUGAACCUGCUCAUGUCGAAGGACGGUUCGACGCUGCGCGCAGACGUGGACGGACAGAUUCUGAUGCGAGCGUACCUGAGCGGCAUGCCCGAAUGCAAGUUUGGUCUGAACGACAAGCUCGUGCUCGACAAGAAGGGCAACGACAACGUGGCCAAGGGCGACAGCGCAGUCGAGCUCGACGACUGCCAGUUCCACCAGUGCGUGCGGCUGGGCAAGUUCGACUCGGACCGGAGCAUCUCGUUCAUCCCUCCCGAUGGCGAGUUCGAGCUCAUGAAGUACCGCUGCACGUCGAACAUUUCGCUCCCCUUCAAGCUGCAGACGCACGUCAUUGAGCCCACCAAGACGCGAGUCGAGUACACUAUCCACCUGAAGGCGAGCUUUGACUCGAAGCUCCAGGCCAACAACGUCGUGCUCAAGAUCCCCACGCCGUUAUCGACGACCAAGGUCGACUCCAAGGUCGGUAUCGGAAAGGCCAAGUACGCACCCGGCGAGAAUGUCAUCAUCUGGAAGAUUCCCAAGAUCCAGGGCCAGCAGGAGUGCACGCUCACGGCCGAGGCGGAGCUCGCGCACACGACCACGCGACAGGCCUGGUCGCGGCCUCCCAUCGAGAUCGACUUCUCCGGUGAAUUAGGGAGUGCCGCCUGUCAGCUAACGUUCAGUCGUCAUGUACACUGCCUCGGGACUGCUCGUCCGAUACCUCAAGGUGUUCGAGAAGUCAGGAGCUGUGGCGGACGAGGGGCCAGCGUGGGGCUGCUCGUCCUCGGAGGUCCUGCUGCCCGACGGACCGGCGAGAUUCUCGUCAGGCUGGAGGAGACCCUCCUCCUCCCCCUCCAGGCGGAUGGCGCGCUUACGUCGCUUGUCGAGCUCGCGUCCGCGGGCCGACUUGUGUCCGCAGAUCUCAGCCCGUCCCUCCUUGUACUUCAUCCUGACGAGCGUGAAGAUUAUAAACCACCAAUAGGCCAUGUACGUGCCACACGUCCAGACGGUGCCGAUGUUGUUCCACCCGACGAGCGACUGCGCCAGCUGCCAGAACCCGCUGUAUCCGUCAUGUCCGGGUUCCGGGGAACAGCCCUUCAGUUUCCAAAUGUUGCCUGCGACGCGGUACGAGCCUGGUCCGUCUCCACUUUCCGCGGCCUGCGCACCGACGCCGUUCACAAAGUAUUGCCGCUCGAUGCCGUAGGCGGACCUACUGGCCAGGCCAGCGCCCAUGAUGAAGAGCAGCAUGGUCGACGCCGUCGUGAACGUCUUCAGGGAGAGACGCUCAGCCCUCGAGAAGAGGUACCAGGCCGCGAGCCCGCCGACGGCAAAGCCGGUCAGGGCGCCGAAAAUGAUCGCGCGCGGCGAGUCGGUGAUGCCAAUACCGCCAAGGAAGACCACGCCCUCGAGUCCCUCUCGCAGCACCGUGAUGAAGGGAAGACCGAAGAGGAUGAAACCUCGCGCAGCGCGGGCGCGCACCUUGCGCUUCUUCCAGGCACUCGCGACGUCGGAGACGCCCGCGUGGCCCUCGACGGCACUGAUGAGCUUGAGGCGCCACUUUGUCUGCGCCAUCGGCAGGCGAAGGAAGGCGAGGCCCAUCACGAGGAUGAUGAGCGCGGCAAUGCCGCAGAAAAUACCCUCCCAGAGAUUCUCGGCGUCUUGCCAGAGGUCGUGGGCGAAGUGGUAGAACUGGGGUCAGCUUAA